GGGCGGGAAGGGGCGUGGCCAGGCGGGGCGGUCCCGGCGGCGGCGGCGGCGCCCGGUGCAGCGCGGGAGGAGGCGCCCGGCGCGGCGGCGGCGGCGGGGCCAUGGCCUGGACCCGGUACCAGCUGGGCCUGGCCGCCCUCAUGCUGCUCACCGGCUCCAUCAACACCCUGGCCGCCAAGUGGGCCGACACCUUCAGCGCCGCCGGCUGCGGUGGGACGGAGGACCAUGACUUCGAGCACCCCUUCCUGCAGGCCGUGGGGAUGUUCCUGGGCGAGUUCUCCUGCCUGGGGGUGUUUUACCUGCUGGUGUGGAGGGACCGGAGCAGAGCGGAGCCCAGCAUGGCCCCGGCGCAGCCCUUCAACCCGCUCCUCUUCCUGCCCCCCGCGCUGUGUGACAUGACGGGCACCAGCAUCAUGUACGUGGCCCUGAACAUGACCAGCGCCUCCAGCUUCCAGAUGCUGCGAGGCUCCGUGAUCAUCUUCACCGGGCUCCUCUCCGUGGCCUUCCUGGGCCGGAAGCUGGAGCUGAGCCAGUGGCUGGGCAUCCUGGUCACCAUCGUGGGGCUGGUGGUGGUGGGGCUGGCCGACCUGCACGGCACCCACGACCAGAAGCACAAGCUCAGCGAGGUGAUAACUGGCGACUUGCUCAUCAUCAUGGCGCAGGUGGUCGUUGCCAUCCAGAUGGUGCUGGAGGAGAAAUUCGUCUACAAGCACGACGUGCACCCGCUGCGGGCUGUCGGCACCGAAGGCUUCUUCGGCUUCGUCAUCCUGGCCCUGCUGCUGGUGCCCAUGUACUACAUCCCGGCGGGCAGCUUCAGCGGGAACCCGCGGCGGACGCUGGAGGACGCGCUGGACGCCUUCUGCCAGGUGGGCCACCGGCCCCUCAUCGCCCUGGCCCUGCUGGGCAACAUCAGCAGCAUCGCCUUCUUCAACUUCGCCGGCAUCAGCGUCACCAAGGAGAUCAGUGCCACCACCCGCAUGGUGCUGGACAGCCUGCGCACCGUGGUCAUCUGGGCCGUCAGCCUGGCCGUGGGCUGGGAGACCUUCCACGGCCUGGAGAUCCUGGGCUUCGCGGUGCUGCUGGCGGGCGCCGCGCUCUACAACGGCCUCCACCGGCCGCUGCUCGCCGGGCUGCCGCGGCGCUGGCGCCCGCCGGCCGUGCCCGGCCCCGGGGCGGAGAGCGAGGCCUUGCUGCGCCCCGAGAGCUCGCCCAUCAACAGCGCCGGUGUCCCCUCGCUUUGACGGCGCCGGGGGCCGGCAGGGCCGCGAGGAGCCCCCCCCCCCGGGGGGGGGGGCCGCUCUGCCUGGACCUGGCUCGGGCUGGCCCUCCGAUUUGCGUCUGCACCCAAUAAAGUGCAUCGGCCUGGUA